AUGAGCAGCCAGCGGAAGGCUGCCCAGAACAGAUUGGCAGCCUUGAAGCUCAAUUCUGUUGACCUGCAAAGCCCCAAGAACAACAAGGAGCACCACACGCAGGAGAUGGGCCACCAGCGGCUCAUUGUGCGCCGUGGCCAGGUCUUCUCCAUCAUCCUGAAGUUCAACAGGAACUUUCAGCCACAAACUGACAAUAUCACCUUUGUGGUUGAGACAGGACCAGAGCCCACGGAGCUGCUGGGAACCCGAGCCAAGUUUGUACUUACCCAGGCCCAACAUGGGAAUGUCUGGAGUGCGUCUAACUUCAUCGCUGACCAGAACUCCCUGCAAGUCUCCCUUUUCACACCGGCCAGUGCAGUCAUUGGCCCCUACACUCUCAAGAUCCAGAUCUCCCAGGACCAUGGUCACAGUGUGACCCACCUGGUGGGGACUUUCAUUCUGCUGUUUAACCCUUGGAGUACAGAGGAUGAUGUCUACAUGCCAAGUGAAAUCCUGCUGCAGGAGUACAUCAUGAUGGACUACGGCUUUGUUUACAAAGGUCAUGAGAAGUUCAUCACCCCGUGGCCUUGGAACUAUGGACAGUUUGAGGAGGACAUCAUAGAUAUCUGCUUUGAGAUCCUGAACAAGAGCUUGUACUACUUAAACAACCCAUCCAAAGACUACUCCCAGCGGAACGACGUGGUGUAUGUCUGCAGGGUGGUGAGUGCCAUGAUCAACAGCAACGAUGACAAUGGGGUACUACAAGGAAACUGGGGGGAAGACUACACGAGGGGGGUCAGCCCUCUGGAGUGGAAUGGCAGUGUGACCAUACUGCGCCAGUGGUCGGCCCAAGGUGGGCAGCCUGUGAAGUACGGACAAUGCUGGGUCUUUGCAGCUGUGAUGUGCACGGUAAUGAGAUGCUUAGGUGUUCCGACCCGUGUCGUUUCGAAUUUCCGAUCUGCACACAAUAUGGAUGGGAACCUGACCAUAGACACUUACUACGACUCAGAUGCAAAGAUGUUGCCGACUCAGGGACGAGACAAAGUAUGGAAUUUCCAUGUCUGGAAUGAGUGCUGGAUGAUCCGGAAAGACCUCCCUCCAGGUUACAAUGGGUGGCAAGUUCUGGACCCCACUCCCCAGCAAACUAGCAGUGGGAUGUUCUGCUGUGGCCCUGCCUCUGUGAAGGCCAUCAGAGAAGGAGAGAUCCACUUUGCCUAUGACACCCCAUUUGUGUAUGCUGAGGUGAACGCUGAUGAAGUCAUUUGGCUCUUUGGAAAUGGCCAGGCCCAGGAAAUCCUAGCUCACAACACAAGUUCAAUCGGGAGGGAAAUCAGCACCAAGAUGGUGGGGUCAGACCAGCGCCAGAACAUCACCAGCUCCUACAAGUAUCCGGAAGGAUCCCGUGAAGAGCGGAAUGUAUUCCUGAAAGCUUCUCGGAGCAUGCUGGACCAAAGAAGGGCCUCUUCACCUUUCCUGGAUCUGCUAGGGUCUGGGGGCAUGAGGGAUCAGCCAGCACAGCUGCAGCUCCACCUGGCUAGGACACCUAAGUGGGGCCAGGACCUGCUGUUCACACUGCAUGCUUGGAGGGUGCCAGACAGAGUCCACCCCCGGGGUCCCAUCCAGCUGGUGCUGCGGUUCUGUGCACAGGCUCUGCUGCACGGGGGGCAGGCACGGGAGCCCCUCUGGAGGCAAGUGGUGUACUUGAACCUGGACUUCGGGCAGGAGGUACAGUGGCCUCUUUUGCUACCCUACAACAAUUACAGAAACAGGCUGACAGAUGAAAAGUUGAUCCGGGUGUCUGGCAUUGCCAAAGUUGAAGAGACGGGGAAGUCCAUGCUUGUUCUGAAAGAUAUCUCUCUGGAGCCUCCCCACUUAUCUAUCGAGGUGUCUGAAAGAGCUGAGGUGGGUAAGGCAUUGAGAGUCUACAUCACCCUCACCAACACUCAAAUGGAGCCUCUGAGUGACUGCACAAUGAUGUUGGAGGGAAGUGGCCUCAUUGAUGGGCAGAUAUCCAAAGACCUUGGUACUCUGGUGGCUGGACACACCAUCAAAAUUCAACUCGACCUCUACCCCAUCAAAGCUGGAUCCCGCCAACUACAAGUCCUCAUCAGCAGCCGCGAGAUCAAGGAGAUCAAAGGCUACAAGGACAUCUACGUCGCUGCAGCCAGGCCUUCCUGA